UAUCUGACUGUGAAACACCCGCUCAGCCUUCACUGUCGCUCCGAAGCCUGAACCCUCUCCUCAAUCCUCCGGCGGCGCGCGGCACCCUCCCGGCGAGGCGACUCGCCGGAGCCCGCCCCCCACAUCCUGCCCUCCUCCCGCUCCGUCUGGAUGGGAUCGUGCCUGCGCUGCGCGCGGCCGAUUUCCGGUGCAGAGCCCAGGCUGUUUAGACCGGCGGCGGCGAGGCGGACCGCCGGAUCCGGCAUGGAGAGGGCGGGGCUGCUCACGCCGUUCCCCCCGAGGGCGCGGGCCACGGCCAGGAUCUCCAUGGUCUCAAGCUUCGCCACCGAGCUGCUCGAGAUAAGGUCCAGGGAGCCGGAGCCAUCGCCGUCGCUCCACGUGCUGGUCGUCCCUGGCAAUCCGGGCAUUGUUGGGUUCUACAAGGACUUUGUCGAAGCCCUCUACGAGGACCUUGGCGGGCGGGCUUCUGUUACGGCGAUAGGGCAUAUUUCACAUGGGCAGAAGGAUUACGAGCACGGACGAUUGUUUUCAUUACACGAACAGAUUGAGCACAAGAUUGAUUUUCUUGAGCAAGAGCUUCUACAUACCGAACAGUCGAUAAUUGUGGUGGGUCAUUCUAUUGGCGCGUACAUAGGUCUGGAAAUAUGCAAAAGAUUCCAGAAGAAGGUAAUUUUUUUUGUGGGGCUUUAUCCAUUUUUGACAUUGAACAAGAAUGCUAUGAAGCAAUCAGCAAUUGGAUAUGUUGCAAGGUCAUCUCUCCUUAGUAAAGGGGUUAGUUUGUUUGCGUCUUUCAUCGGCUCACUCCAGGCUUCAGUUACAAGGAGCAUUGUGAAAAGGUUCCUUGGAUCUUCGUGGUCUGCCACAGCCAUCGAUGCUGGAUGUAGCCAUCUCUUGCAGUACCACACGAUGCGCAAUGUGCUUUUCAUGGCAAAGACAGAGUUCCUAAAGCUUUACGAAGAACCAGACUGGAAUUUCAUCAGAGCAAAGCAGGACCAAAUUGCUUUUCUGUUUGGUGUGGAUGAUCACUGGGGCCCACUGACUCACUUAGAAGAGAUCUCAAGGCAUGCUCCGGGGGUUGCCCUGUCAAUAGAGAAAGAAGGUCACACACAUGGCUACUGCUGCACGGAGGCUGGAUCCUUCUGGGUUGCUGACUACACCGCGAACUUGAUUAAAAAUCGGAUGCUCGUUAGAGAUAGCUGAUGGCAUACAAUUGUCUUACUUGGAUGAAGUAAUAUACGAGUAUGAUGCUGGAUUCCGAAUAAUACUACUAUCCAUCUUGCUUAUGCUUAAUCCACUCGUAGAAUCGUGUAUCUCAGUCCAAUAGGCCUUCAUGCAAAAUAUUUUCUUUUCCAUUCCCUGAUGAAUCCAGCAAGCAGCAACUGCCUCAUUACUCUGGUUUAUAGUCAUGUAUAUUGGCUGACUAGUUUCAGAGAUACUUCGGUACUGAAUGACUCGUUUUCUAGGAAUAAUACAGUGUAAAGAACAAUUCUUUGGAUGACAAGUAUCACAUCUUUAGAAUCA